CUUGUCGGUUGUAUCGCUGCUUGUCGCGCUGUAUUCACGACAAACUCGCAAUAUAAUACCUUUUGUGGGAUACACGGUAACGGAAAAAGUUACGAGGGUGGCUCGCGGUGACACGCGGAUUUUUGGUAACCGCGUACUAUCUGUGUCGGGGGUUGCAUUCCCCGGGAACGGCAUGCUCAACAACAUCUCCGCCGGCGGUUCGGUACACGGUAUUUCCGGAGCGAAGGAUCUUCAUGCACAGGACCUGAAGAGGCACGAGAAGUUGGACGGCGUGCUGGGAGUGAAUUUGGGCACCGGAUUGUCUGCCGGCGGUGGCCUCACGCUACAUCAGGAAUUAAUCAUGACCAUGCCUGGCACGGGGAACGCGGCAGCGAUCGGGCAAGGCGAUGACAAGCCUGCCAAGCAGAAACGGCACCGAACGAGGUUCACACCGGCCCAGCUGAACGAGCUCGAAAGGUGUUUCAAUCGGACCCAUUAUCCGGACAUCUUCCUCAGAGAGGAGAUAGCUGUGAAAAUCGGCCUCACGGAAAGUCGAGUCCAAGUGUGGUUUCAAAAUCGUCGAGCAAAGUGGAAAAAACGGAAGAAGUGCGGCCCAGUUUUUCGUUCCCCACCGGGUCCGUUGCUGCCAUCGCACGGCUUACCCCCGUUUGGACCGAUGAGCUCUGAUCUCUGUGGUGCUGGUAUGUUUAGCGGACCUCCUGAAAGAUGGACAAUGGGAACAGGUCUUGGACAACUGGGACAAGGAGGAAUGGGAAUGAGUGGUUUUGGCCAAAGUUUAGGACAACUUGGUCAGCAAAGUACGGGGAGCCUCGGCUCGAGCUUGGGUCUUGGUAAUUCUGGACUCCCGAUCAGCAGUCCGUCGCAAGCCGUCUAUCAAGCCAGUUAUGGACUGAAUUCCCUUGGGGGUGUACACGUGUCUGCGUCCCGAGGCUCGCCUCCAGGGGGGUCCAGCGUGGGCGGUGGUCAGGGUGGUGGUCUAGGAUCGGCCUUGAACUGCGGGCAGGGCUCGCCUGGGACGACUUCCGGGAGCGGAGGCGGUGGAGGUGGUGUUUCCUGCGUGGCUGCCGAUGUGAACGCGACCGAGGCGUCGGAUUGGAGAGGCGCGCACAGCAUCGCGGCGCUCAGGCGUCGCGCCUCGGAUGCAUCGCAGCAAUACAGUCCACAGCCACCGCCACCACCCGCAGGACCUCCCCAAUAUGCCCAGGACAUGGAGUACAAUUCCGUUUACUGAGGCCCAGCGAGUUUCGCUCUUAAUUCUACGAUAAAUCCUAUCGGGGAAAUGUUUCAAGGAUUCCCUUCGUGGAUGGUACCGAGCGGUCAACAUGCAGGGUAGCGGGUCGGAAAUAACGAGAGAAGAAAGGACACGUUGUUCUACGAUAUUUCUCUCUAACUCGUGAUUGUCACCAACAGAGAUUUGCCACGACAUAUGUACAAUUUUAAUUUUCAGCGAUUUCAAUGAUUGAACGAAUAUUCGUGGCAAGGGAUUCUGUCCAUCGAUACCAUCGAGUUGUUACGUUAUUUACAUUCUCGAGCUACGUGUAUGGUUAAAGAAGAAAAAGUUUAACGAUAGAUUUUGUUGUUACUGGAUAUAUUGAACGUAUCGAAAUGAAUUAGAAGUAUUAUAGAGCAACAGAGACGUGUGAAAAAUUCAUCACUGAUAGAAAAUAAAUAAAGAAGAUAAAAUAAGCUGCGACAACAACGAAUUUCGAUUAUUUUCUAUAGUGAUAACAAAAAGACGUGCAGUCUCAACAUUGGUUUUCAUCAUUGCUUUGGCUGGUCAAUUUACAAUCACGGAUAGGAGAGUGACUUUAUAGAAUUUUUAUCGGUUUCACCAGUGAUAAUAAGUCACGCUGAUGUCCCUUUCUUCUGCCAACGAUACGUGUAAUCGUGAUAUUCGGGUAAUGAAAACAAUGAGUCGUUAAAUUAUAUGAAUUAAUCAAGAAACAUUGAGAAAAUCCUUAAAAACGUGAAUGAUAAAAGUGAGAGAAUAAUAAAAGGAGAAGGCUUCGUUAAUUAAAAAUGCAUUAGUGAGUUCUUCAAGAGGAUUCGUGUCACGUUGAAGUUGUGCAACGCUGAAAAAAAAAAAAAGUGGUUACUUCAUAAUAUACAUAUAUUAACUUUAUCAUGGAUAUUGGUCGAACGAUUUGCUACGUUCCAUGCAUUUGUAACAUGACUGAUUCCAAAUUUAAAAUGUAUACACCGAUAAUUCACCAUCGUUCUUACAAUUGAACCGAAUGUUUAAUUUUAUCGAUAUUUUAUAACCGCUUACUGCGCGUUUAUUUCGUUAAUUUUUUCACGAAUUACUCGCAAAUAUUUAGUCGAAAUCUAAAUAAAUUAUCUAAAAAAGAGAGUUCGUUUUAGAAUUCAGAAAUAUUAUUUUGCAUUUUAUGUUUUUUCAAAGGAAUCAAUAAAUUCUGGCACCGCUGCUCGGUGUAACGAAAAAGUAUACGACAAGUUAUUAUAAUAUUAUGUAUGGCAUUGUAAAUAUAGUAAAAAAAUUAAUGUAACAAC